AGAAGAAGAAGAAGAGGGAAAUGGCGAACAAGGACGACGCCGCCGCCGCCGCCGCCGCGGCGACGGAGACGACGAGGGAAGAAGAGUCGCCGACCGAGUACAAAACCCACCUCAAAAGCCACGCUCUCUUUAAGUACAUAUUGAACACAAGUGUGUACCCCCGCGAGGCACCGUGCAUGAAAGAGCUCCGCCGCAUCACAGAGAAGCACCCCUGGGGUGUCAUUGCCACGACGCCCGAUGAGGUCCAGUUCAUCGGCAUGUUGCUGAAGCUGAUGAACGCGAAGAAGACGAUGGAGAUCGGUGUCUUCACCGGCUACUCCCUCCUCGCCACUGCCCUUGCCCUCCCUGAUGAUGGGCAGAUACUGGCAUUGGAUAUCAACCGGCAGAACUACUCGCUGGGCCUUCCGGUGAUUCAGAAGGCUGGAGUGGCCCACAAAAUCGACUUCCGCGAAGGCCCCGCCAUGCCUGUUCUCGACCAACUGGUGUCGAAGGAGGAGAACAAGGGGACAUUUGAUUUUGUGUUUGUGGACGCCGAUAAAGAAAACUACAUUCAUUACCAUGAGAGGAUUCUGCAGCUGGUGAGGGUGGGAGGAGUCGUCGCGUACGACAAUACCCUGUGGUGCGGAUCGGUGGCACCUUCGCCAGAGGACGAGCCUCUGCCUCCAGAAGCUCUGGUGUAUACGGAGACCAUGAUAAAUCUUAACAGGGCACUAGCCGCUGACCCCCGCAUUGAAUUAUCGCAGCUUUCGAUCGCCGACGGGCUCACUCUCUGCCGUCGUCUCUAUUGAUGAUGUCUCUCUUUUUUUUCUUUAGAUGUUUGGUUCAAAUUUCGUCUCUCUUAUCUUUAGACUCUUACUUUUGUGAUGGAACUCUGUUUUAGUGAUGAUGAUGGUAUCUGUGCUUGUCAAUAA